UAAGGAAAGUGAAGGUCAAUCUGAAGAACAAUCAAAAUAUAUUUGUACACUUUCGAAAAAUGUUUGGAAAUAGUUGUGGUGACUUUAAUAGGCGCUCCCCGUGAGUGCAGUGUUAGUGUCGAAAGUGCAAGUGCCGAUUAGUUAAACGAUGAGUGGUGGAGAGCCGACGCUGACGGAGCCGCCGGUGCCUCUGGCGCUGGCACGGUUGCAGGCGCGCGUGGGCCGCGUGCCCCGCAACGCGCGACCCCACCCGCGCCGGCAAAGCCUCGCACUCGCCAGCCUGCAGGAGGCUGCCGAUGAGACGCCACGCCGUUACAGCGACGAGGCCUAUACUCCGGACACCGACGACGAUGAAGCCUUCUACGAUCCUAUCCAAAGCAAACCAUCGAAGCCCGCGUCCAAUGGCCGGCGGGCUUCCGAGGCUACGUUUGCCGAGCGAUACAGGAAAUUCAACGAGUUCGACGGGCCGCCGCCCGAGGUACCACGGCGAGCGUCCCUGGCCGUGCCCGUCGGCGACGGCUUCGGACACAGUGACAAAGGCAGACGGCGCUCGUGGGCCGCAAAGCUACAGCUCGAACGUAAAAAGCGACGGAAAUCGGGCGGCAACGAUACCGAUGACGAGAUCGACCCACCUGUUUACAUGCGACAGAAGAGACCCUCCUGGUGGAAUGUCUUCGUGCCCGAUAACAUGCUAAAACAAAGGUCUAGACGCGCUUCGCAGCAGCUGUCCAGGAGCGCCGAGAGCAUCGACCAAAGCUAUAAGAGGUCGAAGAGUCGCUCCGUGGACCAUGGGUUUGCGGCCCCUUUUGACUUGGAAGCGCUCCGCUCCAAGGUGGAGGGCAGGUUCGACGCUGUUCAUAGAGACGAGGACGAGCAAACCAAGAGGCUUCCCCCUCCACCCCCUAUCAAGACUAUGACUUACACGGUUCGCGACCGUGACACGCUGACGUCGCUGGCGGCGCGGUUCGAUACGACGCCGUCGGAGCUAACUAAGCUGAACCGGCUCGCCACGCAGUUCAUCUUCCCCGGGCAGACACUGCUCGUGCCCGACAAGAGGAAAGAUGGCGACAAGGAGUCGGACGGGCCGUCGGAGAGCGGGGAUACCACGUCCGAGUCCACGCAGGGCGCUCCCAGCGAACCAGCACAGGAAAAAGAGAUCCUAGACAGCCUGCGGCCGGGGUCGCCUGAGGCUCCUGCAAGCAGCAACGCCCCGCAGCGCUUCCUCAAGAUCAAUGUCCGUCACAUUACGGAUGGACAGGGCGUGGUGUCGGGAGUACUGUUAGUGACUCCUAACGCGGUGAUGUUCGACCCGAACGUGUCGGACACGCUGGUGAUGGAGCACGGGCCGGAGUCGUACGGUGUCAUCGCGCCCAUGGAGUACGUCGUCAACGCCGCCAUCUUCUAUGACAUCGCGCACAUGCGCACUCACGGACCUGACCACAACGCGCACAAAGCGGAGCAAGCUGAAAUUUACUACAUGAAUAAAUCGGAACAUUCACCCGGCAAAGACUCACUUCUAGUCAAAGACGAGACUUUCCCGGAGCUGCAGGCUGCGGGGGGUGAGGGUGGUGAGACGGGCGAGGGGGAGGAGCGGCCCGGCUCAGUCGAGGACCGCGGGGGCGCUGCAUUCCCCAAGGCCUUCGAGAGGGACCUCGUCACUCCAACCGCACUUCAGCAACAAACGACUGAAGAGAGGCGGAAAUCCUUGUUGGACCAUCACUGGGCUAUUCCGACCAAAGACCGAAUGUCGAUUGAUCAAGGAAGUGAAGUGUCAUCUAACGCGGAGCAGGUGAAGGAAGAGAGCUUGGAUGUGGCCGCGGGGGUGGAGCGCGCGGGGAGUGUGGCAGGGGAGGUGGGGGAGGUGGGUGAGGGCGGAGAGGGAGGAGAAGAGGAGGCUCCGCGUGACGCCGCUCGCCACCUUGUCAAGCUGUCCUACCACGACUCCGGCAUCGACAUCCGCGACCCGCUGCUGCACGUCACUCCUGUCAACUCUAAGAAGGAUAGCCAUUCGGUAUCAUCACUGUCAGACUAUGAGGACUGCUAUCACGUAGACCAUCACGAUCACUACCACCAUGCCAUUGACACUAUCAUGGAGAUCGCAGAGUCCGAUAUGACGAUGUUCGACCACAAACAGGAGAAGAAGUUUCUGGAACAUUUCUAUACAGAUUACGAUGUCGAGGUGCAUUCGUGCACCUCUCAUGAAGAGGUGUACAGUGACGCGGACAUAGUGCUGUCUGCGGAGUGGGUGCCGCCGGUGUGCUUGCCGCGCGCCGAGCCCCCGCUCUCCGCACCUCCACUCGGAGAGAACGAGCGCGCGCCGCGAAAACCCGCCGCCGUCUCUUUCUCCCUCGAUGGCAACCAGAAGGAGGAUAUUGGAAAACCCGAUAAGAAGAAUAAAAUGUUGAAGAGGCUCUCGUAUCCCUUGUCAUGGGUGGAGGGUCUGACGGGCGAGGGCCCGACGGGCGCGACGGGUGCGGGGGGUGCGGGGGGCGCGGCGCCGGGCUCGCACGCCGACUCGCUGCCCACCUCCGCCGACAGUCACAACACUAGCGUCUUCUCUAAAGUCUUUAACAGUUCUCCAAUGAACCUGGUUGAGUUCGGUACUGGUUUGUUCCUGAGUAAGACCCCGUCGGAGGAGGCCCCGCACGACGCCCCGGGACGUAGUUCACUGGGAGGCUUUGGCCGUUCUCACACCAAAUCGACGUCGUCCAGCGGCUCCACUCAGCCGAGACUCGAUUAUCGCAGCAUGGUGUCUGUGGACGACAUGCCUGAUCUCUUCGCUUCAUUUGACAAAUUGAUUCCGCGACCGGCGCGCGCCAGCGACGACCCCCCGCUGUACCUGCGGCUGCGCAUGGGCAAGCCCGCGGGCCGCCCGCUGCCGCGCUCCACACAGCUCAUGUCAUAUGGCCGCAAGCGCAUGAAGCCCGAAUACUGGUUCGGCAUCCCCAGGAACAGGGUGGACGAUCUGUACAAGUUCCUGACACACUGGGUGCCGAGCCGCUACGGGCCGCUGGGUGACGUCACUGCGCAGGGCUACGAGCUCAUCGACAGCGAUACCGAGUGGGAUGACGAGGAUACCAAGCCUGGAGUUAAGGGAGAACGUACCGGCAGCUCCGGUGAUGUGUCGGACAUUACUAGGGAAUCGUGGGAGCUGCUGAAGGCGCCCUACGUGAAAAUAUAUUCGAUAAUGAAGAGCCAGGCGGAGGCGUUGGGUGACUCGCUCGGCGAGGAGCCGCGCCCGGAGGUGUUGUCGAUGAGCGAUGAACUGCGCCGCGCGCUGUACUCGUCGGGCGCCUCCGUCGACAUGGAGUUCUCGCCACCAGAUCUCAUCGGAGUCUCAGAGAUAUUUACCAUGGAGCACAGGGAGAAGUUGUGCAGUGUGCUGCCGGCGCGCGCACAGGGAUACAUGUGGUCGCUGGCGUUCAGCACCAGCCAGCACGGCUUCUCGCUUGCUUCCAUGUACCGCAAGAUGCAGCGCGUCGAUAGCCCCGUGCUGCUCGUCAUUCAGGACACAGACAAUAACGUAUUCGGUGCGCUAACGUCAUGUGCUCUGCGGCCCUCCGAGCAUUUCUACGGCACGGGCGAGUCUCUGCUGUUCUCGUUCCAGCGCGUGCGCGAGGAGACAAGGCGGCACUCGCAUCCCGCACCUGAAGAAGUCAAGGACAAGGAUCCAAAGGAUGAAGUUAAAAAGGAUGAGAAGGAAGAUCAAGUGGCUCCCGCGAAGACCAAGUUCAAGUACUGGGGCUGGACGGGAGACAACAUGUACUUCAUCCGCGGCAGCAACGACAACAUCUCCAUCGGGGCAGGAGACGGCAAGUUCGGCAUCUGGCUGGACGGCGACCUGUACCUGGGCCGCACCCAGCGCUGCACCACAUACGGCAACGAGCCGCUCACCACGCGCGAGGACUUCAUCGUCAAGAUCAUGGAGUGCUGGACCUUCAUCUGAGCGCCGCGUCUCCCCCCGCCCGCGCUCGCUUCGAGAUACUAGCUUUACACUAUCUUAUGAACAUUUGCUACCGAGACUCGACACUUUUACAAGUCGAUCAUAUCGAACUUUAGCACCGACGAGUCCUACAAUACAGUAUCGGCAUCUCGUCGGCGACGCGACAUCGAGACCACGCGCUUUUCUAGUCAAACGUACUGAAACUCGACCAAUGUUUUGAUUCUCUCCGAAUGUAGGCGCGUUCGGAGCGGGCGCGACCCGGAGCAAGUGCAUUAUUCCUAGUCAAUUGUCGUUCGUAUGUUAGUUGUGGGCGCAGGCCACGCCCUCGGCCACGCCCCCGAGCGCCCAGCGCCCACGCGCCCACGCGCCCACGUGCCCACACGCCGCAUGCACGCGACGUUCCCAACUAACUAUGUGUCAAUUCAUACGAUUUAUAUUGUGCGUUGUUAAGAAUACUAAGAACAUAUUUGUAACAAUUGAUAUCAUUGUAUAAUGUAGUGUAGAGAUUUACUAAGAGAUCGAUCGUUUUUAGAAAGCAUAGAUUGCAUUGCCACGUCCUGUCUGAGGAAUGGCGGACUAUGAAUUUCUAGAGACGUAGAUUCAAUUUACAUAUUAAAUAUGUCGUAACCGAUGACGCUAUAACAAGAAAUAUAUAAUUAUAUUUAGUUGUCGUUGUGAGUUUCUUGUGUUAUGUUAGUGUGAGCAUAAUUUAUGUUAUUUUCACUGUGAUUUGAUUACAAUAUGGUUGCAUUUUGCUAUAUAGAAAGCGUUAUAACGAUUUAACAUUAGUUACCGGAGUAAUUUUGAUUUUACAUCGUGAGGAGAAUAAAUUUAUAUAAAUAUUUUGAUGUAACGUUUCUUCGUACAGAAAUAGUAGCCGAUAUAAUUAUAGUAAAUGAUUAUACAUAGUGUUAGAGCUUAAUGAAUGUAACCGCCAUUGUGCUUAGUUGUAUCACUUAGCAUUUUACUCAGACUUUCUGGUCGAAAUUAUUUAUUUAGCUGUGUAAGAUGGCCGCAGUUCAGCGGCCGCUUGUAGCUUGGUGCUGGAGGAUGUAGAAUGAUCAUCGAAUAUACAAUGAAUUUAAGCAACGGUUCGAAGUAGAACUUGAAGGUAUUACUUGUGUGUUUAAAUAUAUGUAGAUUCAUAUUGCGCUGUGCAACACUCAAUUUUAAUUUAACAGCCGUGAUUUGUCAAUGCUCUGAGAUACAAAAUUCAUCUUCACGGUUGCUUUUAAAUCUAUGUGAUUGUGGAAUGUUGCUACAUAUUUAGUUUUCAAAGUUGAUGGUAGUAAAAAUGAACUGUGCAAUUAACUAUGCUGUUACUAUAUAAAUUUCAUUAACCGUAUUAAACGCGAACUUCAGUCCAUGCAAAUUAUUACUUAUAAAUGUU